UCUUGGAUCUCCCACUUUUCUCUCUCCUUCCUUCCUCUCCUUCAAAAUCAAAACCAAAAAUAGCAAAAAAUAAGAGAGAAGCACACACUCUGUGCGUGUGUGCGUGCACUGCUCUAGCCUUCUUUACACAGAGAGAAGAGAGAGAGAGAGAGAUGGGGGACUGUAACUGUAAGCGAAUGGCGGCCAUGGACGACUCAGCCACAGGCGUGUCGAAGAGGAGAAAAUUCAGAGCUUCUUCAUCUCCGCACAAGCAACGCUUCUCACACUCAGAGGCGCCAUUGCCGCCAAGUCCACCAAUGCUUCAUCUCCGUCACUCUCAUUCUCCUCAGCUCCUGAAUUCCUCCGAUUCUUGCUCGAACUUUUGCUCUGAUCACUCUCCUCCUUCCUCUUGCUGCUCCAGCAAUGAGCUCAACGACGUCGUCGUCGCCCACAGCUCGCCGCUCCUAGAUCUGGAGGCCAAGAGUUUCGAAACCGUCCACUCCAACUCUCCUUCGGCCAACAAUAAAUUCAGCAGAGAAACGACGCCGUCCAGCGAGCUGUGCCUAGGCUCCGAGGAAAUGGAAUCGCCUGCGCCGGCGGUGUAUCUCCGACGGAGACAACUCCCGGUGAGCAAAGCUCCUCCGAGUGAUGAGAUCGAAGAGUUCUUCGCCAUGGCCGAGAAGUACGAGCAAAAGCGCUUUGCAGAGAAGUACAACUAUGACAUCGUCAAGGAUAUGCCUUUGGAGGGCCGUUACCAGUGGGUUCGUUUGAAGCCAUAAGCAAGCAGCAUUCAGUUAGCUACGCGAGAGAGAGAGAGAGAGAGAGAGAGAGAGAGAGCAGAAGAGAGAGAGGGAAAGAAUAAACUGACACUAGGUAGGACAGAAAGUUGCAUGCAACUUCUAAUUUUAUGCGUUUGUUUUGGAGCUAUAGAGGUCUGGGUUCUAGCAUAAUGCACGGAGGAGGGUUUGAAUUUAAUUUGGGUUUUUAUUUGUACAGCUGCUUCUCUUUUCUUUUGAUGUCUCCAUGGUGUUGUCAUUGUGCACACCAAAUGGAAGCUUCUAAUUCUUCUGCAACUCCCCAGCUUUUUAAUUCAAAUAUAUUUUGCAACAAUUUCCACA